GGCAAUUACCGCUAACUUGGUUUCUUGCAGCACUCGACUCAUAACUCAUUAUCCCCUCAUGGCUCACGUAGUCGCUGCGCUAGACUUGCCUUCGAAUUACAGAGAUUCACAAGCUCGGCAUCAAAGAGAUACGAACGAGCUGCUUUCCCACUCCAGCACACUCUAUAUAGGGAACUUAUCAUUCUACACCACGGAAGAACAAAUCUACGAAGUGUUUGCAAAAUGCGCCAAACCUGAAGACGGUGGUGGUGUUAAACGAAUCAUCAUGGGCCUCGACCGUAACACAAGAACACCUUGUGGUUUCUGCUUCGUUGAAUUCUACACCCAUGCCGAAGCACUGGCUGCAUUGAAGUAUAUCAGUGGAACAAAACUUGACGAGCGUAUUGUUAGGUGCGAUCUAGACACAGGUUACACCGAUGGCCGUCAGUUCGGGCGAGGCAAAAGUGGUGGCCAGGUACGAGACGAACACCGCACUGACUAUGAUGCUGGUCGCGGUGGAUGGGGGGCGCAGGCGCAACGAGAAAGAUUGCGGAAAGAGCUUUACGCGGACGCUUCAGAUGCCCCUGGAGCAGUUGCCAGUGGAGGUGGCAAUUGGGAGCAUGAAAGACAUGGCAAUGAGUCACCAGAUGGGAAACCCCUCAAACGCGAGCGCGAUGAGGACGAGGAUGAUCUUGACGAAGUUGGGCGGUCACGCCGAUUGCGGAUUGAGGGGGAGGAAUCAUAGGUUAUAAGAUCGUGCAUC